AUCACUUGCAGCCACCUAGCAGGCCAUCACCAUCACCAUACAUAGCAUCAUUUUCACCACAAGCACCCCACACCGGUACCAUACCUGGACACCAAAAGAAGCAUGGUUCAUAAACAUACUCAACUGGACUGGAACGAUCCUGACAUCUUCUCCCUUCCCAACGAGCUGUGGUGGUCAAUAUGGGAGCUACUUGCUGAUAGCGAUCUUCUGCGCUUAUCUCAGACGUGCCGAAUGUUCCGCGCCCUGACGACGAUGCCGAUAUCAGAUCGAUUGUACCGUCAUCUGCUGAGAUAUAAAAUUACAGCGGCGAAUACUCAGCGGGAUGGGAUUUGAUGGAUGAUGAUGAGAAGAGGCUCCUAUUGUCGAGGGUAAACUGGGUAUACAAGGUUUUUGAAUACCCUCCCAUACGUGCCGCUUGAAGGACCUCGCCUCCAAUGGGCCACGCUCGGCGGAAGGUUUAUCUUCGCUGUAACUCAUGAUGACGUCAUUGUAUGUUUCGAUUACAAGAAAAGAACAUCUACACAUGCAUGUCAUUAUAGCAUCUCGG